AUGAGACCUCUGGGAUCUUUCCUCCCUACAUGCAUCUUUGAGUCGUUGGUGCGGCUGUCGAACCUGCAGAGGUCACCUCACCUCCUCCGCUAUCCGCUUGUCUGUACACGCUUUGCUGAUAAUUGUCUCCUAGACCUCCUGAAGAAGGAAAAUAAACAGAAGAAAAGAGGAUUCUUCAGCCUUUUCCGAAGGAAGAAGAAGAAACAUCAGUCGAACGGAACGGCGAGCGCUCCGGCGUCUCCCAGACUCAGCAGAAAUGUGGAGCGGGGUUCAGAGUGCAAUUCCCUGCCUGCAAACGCGUCCAAGAAGAGGCGAGCGCCCCCGCCGCCAAUGCUGGCCUCUCAGAGCGUCUCAGGCAGCCUCAGCAGCUGCGGCGAGCGAGCGGCGCAGAUGUCUGUAGAAUUUAACUUAAUUAGUUCCAAAAGGAAGGCCCCCCUUCCUCCCCCAUGUGUGAACGCCGCUCCGGAGUCGACUGCAGACGCAGAUGUCGAAGAAUCCCUCCACCCUUUAGAGGAGCAGAAAGAUGGCGAGGGGUCCCAGUCUGCAAACUCCGCACCAGGCUCUUCGUCCCCUCCUGGUCGUCCGCUGUCUCCGCCUCUGUCCCCUGAAGGCUCUAAACUCCACCCGCCUACGUUUUUGGGGAAAGACUUAUCGGACGCUCGCUUGGCUCUCGCCAAAGUCCUGACGUCCUCCGUGUCUAAAGGCACGCUUGCCAAACGUUUAAGGAGUUCUGCCUCCUUCCCGAAAUUCAACGUCUCCUCCUGCAUUUCCGUGACUUCUGACCGACAAGAGAGCAAGGACAUUCGCGUGGCGCUGGAGUCUGUUCUGGAUUUGAACCUUCCAACUGAGGCCGAGGAUGUUCAGAGGAGAGGGAUGACGACGUUUACGGUGGUUCCCACAAAGAAGCUGAACAAUGUUCCUGAGAAACUAUUGGCUAAUGAAGAGCGUGUCAGUGAGGAAGAGGAGGAGAAAGGGAAUCCGCCGCCUCCUGAAGGAGCAGAAAGCAUGAACUCAGAAGUACUUGAGGCGUUCUGUCAAUCAACUCCAGGGGACGACACCCCAGCCUCUCCUCCAUCUCUGAAUGAUUCAGACGAUCAGAACACCCCAGAAAAGCCGUCAUCUGACGCUGAUGAGAAGAAAACGGAAGAGAAUGAAGAUGAGGAGACACCAGCAGCACCAUCAGACCUCAAAGACGGAGAAAACCUCAAUGAAGGCCUCACUAAUGCCGACAAUCAGAAGGAAAUCCUUCAAAGUCUCUCAACCAACCAUGGUAUUCCAUGUGAGGAGGCGAAAGCUGCCCAGAAUGCUGUACAAGAGGAAGAGGACAUUGCAUUCCCUCCUCCUCCUCCUCCUGUCUUCUUCAAAGAUGACAGUGAGGUCCCAUUCUCUUCGGCUCUGUGUCCUUCAGAAGCAGACAGUUCAGUCCUGAACGAGCACACGGAAGAAUCCGGCCAGGAUCCGACGUGUGUCUCGGCCGCAUCGGAGUCGCCUCUGGAGAAGAGGCCUGCGGCUUUAUCCAGGUUCGCUGAGGCGGUGGCCAUGGCCGUCCACCGCUCCGGCCGACAGAGCCUCAGCAAGACUCCAGAGGUUUCCGGCGAUCCACGCGGUGCACUUCAGCCACCAGCCAUGUCCACAUAUCAGUACGGAAGUUGGAAAGAUCAGGGAGCAGGAGGCAUCGUUUUAUUUUCACCAGGAUCAGCGAAGACAAAACAGGUGGGAUUAUAAUCUGUAAAUCCAAGGAAAGCAGCUUGUUUGACGCAGGGUUUCCUCUAGAGUUCAUACUAUUCUACAUCUCAUUUAGUUAGUUUGAAAACAAUCUUUUGUAAUGCAGUUUUUGAAAUGAACUGUCACUCUUUAUUUUAGCUAUUUAUUCCAGCAUGUCAUGAUGAUGUUUGAAGUUUCACUCUCAUCAAACUAUUGUGUUUGGCCUGUAAUUAAAGCUUUCCAUUUUUUAUAAGCAUAAAGCCAAAGUUAUGAUCUCCAGGUGCUUUAACAUCUUUGU